CCCCCAGACCCCCUCACGAGCGAAUCUUCGAGAACAACCGGCAAUGGGUGGCCUCCAAGAUCAAGGACGACCCGACCUUUUUCAACAAGCUGGCGGCGGGCCAGAGCCCUGACUACCUGUAGGUACCCCAAGCAGGAGGCAGUCUGCAGUGUGCAGUGUGCAGCAUUCAGUUAAUAGUAAUGUCAUCUCAGGUACAUCGGGUGCAGCGACAGCCGGGUGCCAGCCAACGAGAUCAUGGGCCUGGAAGCCGGCGAGGUGUUUGUGCACCGCAACAUCGCCAACCUGGUGCCGACGAUCGACCUGAACGUCAUGUCGGUGAUCAACUACGCGGUGCGCCACCUGAACGUCAAGCACAUCAUCGUGUGCGGCCACUACAACUGCGGCGGCGUCAAGGCGGCCCUGACCUCGACCGAUCUGGGCCUGCUGAACCCCUGGCUGCGCAACAUCCGCGACGUCUACCGCCUGCACGAGAAGGAGCUGGACGCCAUCGCCGACGAAAAGGCGCGCUUCAACCGCCUGGUCGAGCUCAACGUCAUCGAGUCGUGCCGCAACGUCAUCAAGACCGCAGAGGUCCAGCAGAGCUACCAGGAGCGUCAGUUCCCCAUCGUUCACGGCUGGGUGUUUGACCUGCAGGACGGCCUGCUGCGCGAUCUCGAAAUCGACUUUCACGAGAUGCUGCGGGAGAUCAAGAAGAUUUAUAACCUGGCUUGAUUCGGAUCUGCUGGAGCUCUUUUAAGACAUUAUCGGGCUUAUUGUGGGCUUUUUUGGCCUAUUUUCGGGUCUUUCCCGGUUUUCGGUCUUCUUCCCGGGGUUUCGGCCGAGUGGUCGGAUCCGAGGGCCGAGCAAUCUCCGACAGCUUAGUAUAGAAAAGAAAUCAAACACCAUUAUGUAGUCACUGGUAUACCCAUUCCCUCUUUCAAGUAUUCCUAUUCUACAUAAUACAGUAAGUGUAUGAGACUCAUUGGUAGCCCGCGCUCACUGGCAGAUGUUAAUAACACGCGGCAUCUCCCUCGUCAACUUCGCCGUCGCCUCGUCCGCGCUGGCCUUCCAGGUCUUCGUCCUGUAUCCCUGGC